GCGGAAACCGCCGCCCAGGCGCGCAUAGCCCAGUCGGACGUGGCAAGAGAGAGCCUCCGGGCGCCCCUGGACGGGCUGGCGUUUAUCCGCCUCUCCCUGCAACAGUCAGCCAGCCUGUCCCCUGAUCAGGUGCAGCUUCUGGAAACAGCAGCGGCUUUGGAAGAGCAAAUGAGAACGAUUCUAGCCGAUAUGGCGGAUUUGAAUGCGGUGGAGGAGGGUUACUUGGACGUGCAGCGGGUGGAGUUCUCGCUCGUUUCGGUGCUAAACGCGUCGCUUAGCCAAGCGUCGGGAGCGGCGAUCGCAAAAGGGCAGCAGCUGCUGGGGUACGCGUUUGAGAGCGGGCGGUGCUGCUUCAGACUAGACGUGCAGCUGCCCGUGAAGCACAAGGCAGAGGCCACUGCUGGCAGUAGGGCGUGAUACAAAAGGGGGGAAAGACG